AGCUUUGAUCUCACUUUAUAUUUAUUGGCGGGAAUGGACUAACUCAACCAUACCCCACGAGUUUUCCAUUUCGAUCUUGGCUAACACACUUUUUUCCUUCAAAGUCCAACAAUGGAAGAACUGGAGCUUGCUUCUUCAGGUUCUCGUUUGGAAAAAGGACAAACAACAUCAUCUUUUAAGAUGGAUCAACAAAAAGAUUCAAAAUCAAACCAAAUGGAGAGUGUUUCCUUCUUUGGCUUGUUUGCUGCAGCUGAUUCAGUCGACUAUGUGUUAAUGUUCCUAGGAAGUGUUGGUGCUUCUGUUCAUGGUGCUGCUCUGCCUCUCUUCUUUGUUUUGUUUGGUCGCAUGAUUGAUUCUUUGGGACAUCUUAAUAGGGAUCCUCACAAAUUGUCAUCACGGGUUUCUGAGCAUGCUUUGUACUUGGUAUAUCUUGGACUUCUUGUUAUGGUAUCAGCUUGGAUGGGUGUUGCAUUCUGGAUGCAAACCGGUGAGAGGCAAACGGCUCGGUUGCGCUUAAAUUACUUGAGGUCAGUGCUAAAGAAGGACAUUAAUUUCUUUGACAAUGAAGCCAGAGAUGCUAAUAUCAUUUUCCACAUCUCGAGUGAUGUAAUUUUGGUACAAGAUGCAAUAGGCGACAAGACAGGCCAUGCCAUACGUUACCUAUCCCAAUUCAUUGUUGGAUUUGGCAUUGGAUUCACAUCAGUGUGGCAGCUCACACUACUCACCUUGGCUGUUGUUCCAUUGAUAGCUGUAGCAGGAGGAGCUUAUACAAUUAUUAUGUCUACUCUCUCAGAAAAGGGUGAAGCAGCAUAUGCUGAAGCUGGCAAGGUGGCAGAAGAGGCAAUAUCUCAAGUGCGCACCGUUUACUCAUUUGUAGGAGAAGAGAAAGCGGUUGGCACAUACUCUAAGUCACUUGACAAAGCUCUUAAGAUGGGGAAGAAGAGUGGUUUUGCAAAAGGAAUUGGUGUUGGUUUUACAUAUGGCCUAUUGUUUUGUGCUUGGGCAUUGCUUCUAUGGUAUUCUAGUAUACUUGUGAGGCAUCACAAGACAAAUGGAGGGAAAGCAUUUACAACUAUCAUCAAUGUCAUCUUUAGUGGAUUUGCGCUUGGCCAAGCUGCUCCAAGCCUUGGUUCCAUUGCUAAAGGGCGUGCUGCCGCAGCGAAUAUCAUGAACAUGAUUGCGUCUGCUUCGGACGUGGCAAAAAGGUUGGAUGAUGGCACUGUUCUGCAACAAGUGGAAGGGAGAAUUGAAUUCUCUGAGGUCUGCUUUGCUUACCCUUCAAGGUCCAAUAUGGUCUUUGAAAAUUUGAGCUUCUUAGUCAGUGCUGGGAAGAGUAUAGCAGUUGUUGGUCCUAGUGGUUCAGGAAAGAGCACAAUCAUUUCCAUGAUUCAACGAUUUUAUGAUCCUACUUCAGGUAAGAUCCUGUUGGAUGGAUAUGACUUAAAGAAUCUUCAAUUGAAAUGGUUGAGAGAACAGAUGGGACUGGUAAGUCAAGAACCAGCACUAUUUGCCACAACAAUAGCUGGCAACAUUUUAUUUGGAAAAGAAGGUGCUGACAUGGAUCAAAUCAUACAAGCUGCCAAGGCUGCAAAUGCUCAUUCCUUCAUUGAAGGAUUACCUGAUGGUUAUAAUACUCAGGUUGGAGAAGGUGGCACCCAACUUUCUGGAGGACAGAAGCAGAGAAUUGCUAUAGCUAGAGCAGUUCUCAGAAACCCAAAAAUAUUGCUUUUAGAUGAAGCCACCAGUGCUCUAGAUGCUGAAUCAGAACUCAUAGUGCAGCAGGCAUUGGAAAAAAUAAUGUCAAACCGGACAACAAUAAUUGUUGCGCAUAGAUUAUCUACCAUACGCGAUGUAGAUACAAUUAUUGUGUUGAAGAAUGGUCAAGUUGCUGAGAGUGGUACUCAUUCAGAACUGAUGCUGAAAAAUGGGGAUUAUGUGAGUCUGGUGAGCAUGCAGGAAUCACAGAAUUUCACACACUCUAGCUCAAUAUCACGCUCUGGAAGUUCAAGGAACUCUAGCUUUAGAGAACCUUUUGACAGUAGGAACUAUCAAGAUGUGAAUACAGAAAGAGAGCUUCAGUCAAGUGAUCAAGGCAUGCCAUUGAACGCGGCUUCUGUUCCAUCCAUUUUGGACUUACUGAGACUGAAUGCUCCAGAGUGGCCUUAUGCAGCACUUGGUUCAAUUGGUGCCAUUCUGGCUGGAAUGGAGGCUCCUCUCUUUGCCCUUGGAAUCACACAUAUUCUAACUGCAUUUUACUCUGGUUCUAAAAUCAAGCAAGAAGUUGAUCGGAUAGCGAUAGCAUUUGUCGGAUUGGCUGUUAUAACUAUACCUAUUUACCUAUUGCAACAUUACUUUUAUACUCUGAUGGGAGAGCGCCUCACUGCCCGUGUGCGCUUAUUAAUGUUCUCAGCUAUCCUUACAAAUGAGAUCGCAUGGUUCGACUUGGAUGAGAACAACACUGGUUCAAUAACAGCCAUGCUAGCUGCAGAUGCAACAUUAGUAAGAAGUGCUCUAGCUGACAGAAUCUCUACCAUUGUGCAAAAUGUAGCUCUCACCGCAACAGCAUUUGCCAUUGCCUUCACACUCAGUUGGAAACUCACUUGUGUGGUUGUAGCAUGCCUCCCCCUACUCAUAGGGGCUUCUAUCACAGAGCAACUGUUUCUCAAGGGAUUUGGAGGAGACUAUAGUCAUGCAUACUCUAGAGCAAUUUCUUUGGCACGGGAAGCUAUUGCCAACAUACGUACCGUGGCUGCUUUUGGAGCAGAAGAUCGUAUCUCAAUUCAGUUUUCCUGCGAGUUGAACAAGCCCAACAAGCAAGCACUUUUAAGAGGCCACAUAUCAGGUCUCGGCUAUGGUGUUACACAGCUGUUUGCUUUCUGUUCCUAUGCGCUUGGACUUUGGUAUGCAUCCCUUUUAAUCAAGCAGAAGGACUCAAAUUUCGGGGAUGUCAUGAAAUCCUUCAUGAUCUUGAUCAUCACUGCCCUGGCAAUAGCAGAAACACUAGCUCUUACCCCAGACAUCGUGAAGGGAUCGCAAGCGUUAGGAUCAGUUUUCAGCAUUCUCCAAAGGAGAACAGCAAUAAGCCCCGACAACCCCAACUCCAAGAUGGUAACCGAUAUCAAAGGAGAUAUAGAGUUUAGAAAUGUGUGCUUCAACUAUCCAAUGAGACCUGAUAUCCCCAUAUUUCAGAACUUAAAUCUCAAAGUCUCCGCAGGAAAGAGUCUUGCAGUAGUAGGACAAAGUGGUUCGGGGAAGAGUACUGUGAUUUCUCUGGUAAUGAGAUUUUAUGACCCCAUUUCUGGGUCUGUUCUAAUCGAUGAAUCUGAUAUCAGAAGCCUAAACUUGAGAUCCUUAAGGCUGAGAAUAGGAUUGGUUCAGCAAGAGCCAGCUUUGUUUUCAACUACACUUUACGAAAACAUCAAGUAUGGAACUGAGGAGGCAUCAGAGAUAGAGGUAAUGAAAGCAGCAAGAGCAGCUAAUGCUCAUGAAUUCAUUAGUAGAAUGCCAGAUGGGUACAGAACUCAAGUUGGUGAAAGAGGGGUGCAGUUAUCAGGAGGACAGAAACAAAGGGUGGCUAUUGCUAGAGCUAUUCUGAAGAAUCCAUCCAUUCUUCUAUUGGAUGAGGCGACAAGCGCGCUCGACACGGUGUCAGAGAGGCUUGUCCAAGAGGCUCUUGAUAAACUUAUGGAAGGAAGAACUACAAUUUUGGUAGCUCACAGGUUGUCAACUGUUAGAGAUGCAAACAACAUUGCAGUGCUGCAAAAUGGGAGGGUUGCUGAAAUGGGGAGCCAUCAGAGGCUGAUUUCAAAACCAGGAAGCAUCUACAAGCAAUUGGUUAGUCUACAGCAAGAGAAGCAUGGCCAAGGCCAUUAAUGGAUUCAUGUAUAUCUUUUACGUAAAUAUAUAUUGAUAUCUUCAAUUCAAAGUAUAGUGUGACUGCUGUAUGUAACUUAAAUUGAGGCAUGGCAUAUAUGUGAUUGCCGAGCAUGCCUAAGAAAAAAAAAAUCAAACAAUGAAACUGUUGAUUGAUACACACGAAGUUUAAGAUAAAAUUCAAUGCUUA